UUGGAUGAACGCUCUUCUCUUGGAUGAGUGGCUAGAGCGAUGCGGCAGUAGGCGGGCUGUAGAUAUGGACUGAAAUAGGCGCGUGAUGAUAUCCGACGGCGAUCUCCAGUCGUCACUCAAGAUUCGCUCGAGAUAUAACGGACACUACUCCUGCAUGACGCUUCCACGUCUGGCAAGCCGGCUCGCAAAGACCAUGACACCCGCCGACAUCCCUACCCUUUCCCAGCUCUACCGCCAUGAUCACACGAAUGCACUCAAUCCCACCAAGCCAAAGUAUGAGUUUACGAAACAGCUCAAUGAUCGGGUCUCCAUUUGGAGAGGAGAUAUCACCGAGCUCGAGGCCGACAUGAUCGUCAACGCUGCCAACUCGUCACUCCUCGGCGGGGGCGGCGUCGACGGUGCGAUCCACCGGGCUGCAGGCAAGCACCUGCUCGAGGAAUGUAAAAAGCUGGGCGGUGCCCAGACGGGGGAAACAAAGUUUACCGCCGGCUACAACCUAUCGAGCAAGAAGAUCGCACAUACAGUCGGACCCGUCUACCACUCGCACCCACCCCAACGUGCAGCCCAGCUUUUGAAAAGCUGUUACCAAUCGUCGUUGGAAGGGUGUAGAGAUUCGGGAGGAGGCGUCAUUGGGUUUAGCAGUAUCUCUACCGGCGUCUAUGGGUAUCCGAUCAAGGAUGCUACGCAUAUCGCACUCGAGACAACUCGUCAGUUCUUGGAACAAGAUGACUCUAUUACAAGAGUAAUCUACGUCGUGUUUUCAAAAAGGGAUGAAGAUGUCUAUCGGGAGAUUAUCCCACAGUAUUUCCCUCCUGAUCCCGAACAUGGGCAUGGAAGUGUGUAAAUAAAUAAAAAGGUAACGAUAAAAAGAAAAGGUAACGAUGGCCGUGAUGGGAAUGGAAAAUGCAUAUCCUUUAGCACCAAAAGAUGGGUACAACCACUAAAACUCUGAUAUACAUACGCACACAUUUCACAACAACAACAACAACAACAACAACAACACGCAAAAAACUCAACCCAAAACCUUACCGACCACCCACCUGCCCAGGCCAGUCAUCACCCCGCCGCCCGGUAUCGCCCCCGCCAGAUCAUCCACCAGGGGACCCAAACCGGCAUAGUGGCGGUAUCGGGGGUAUCGAUCUUCGAGUGCGCGGCGGACAGAGGCGAAGAGGAGGGCGUCGUCGACUGCCCACAGGCGGGAGAGGAUGAGCAGCCUGGUCGGGGUGGGGCCAGGGGUAGGCGGCAUGUCCAUCUUCCUACCCUCCUCGCCCCCGCCCCAACAUCGAGCCAGCCGCGGUUUCUCCCACAUAGGACCUACCACCACCUCGCACACCCCGACCCCUAGGACGGACAGUUCAUCCCGCAGUAUACGGGCGGUAGCGCUGCGGAGGGAUGUCGUCAGGCUGUUCACGCUGUUCACGCUUGAUAGGUUUGUCGUUUGAAAGAGGCGGUGGUGGUGUCGAUUCAUUGAAUCGACGUGUCCGCCGGCUGAUGAGCCUGCUUGCAACGAUGGGGAAAGAAUGGGGGAAGGGUUGAUGAAUAUAACUCUUCCCUGACUCUGCUUACCUCUCCCCCUGCCCCAGUACUCGGGCCCAAACCCGAGCGGCGAAACAAGCACGUCCGAUAACUCUCUCACCACGCUCACCGGAUCGAGGACGUUUGUGCGGUAAAUUGAAUGCAGCGUUGAUUCGGGGGUAUUCACCAGCGAAUCCCGUGGGAGGAGCAGGUCGGUAGCGGUGGUGG